AUGAAAAUUGCAGAUUUUGGUGUUGCAUGGGCCGAUACAAAUAACGGCAUUGAACCUAGAGGAAAAAUGAAGUUUGAGGUUGGAACAAGGCAUUACCGUGCACCAGAACUUAUAUUUUCUGCUGGAGAUUAUACCAACGCAAUUGAUUUGUGGUCUAUUGGAUGCAUAUUCGCAGAAUUUUUCACAAGACCUUCUGGUUCACCCUUAUUUAAUGGUGAAAGUGAUAUAGAGCAAUUAGCCAAAAUAUUUCAGGUGUUAGGUGUCCCUACCGAGGAAACUUGGCCCGAAAUGAAAAAUUUCCCUGACUAUGGAAAGUUGAAUUUCAAAAUAAAGGAAUGCCUAGGAUUAACGAAACAACAAUUGCCAGAAGCGAAUUCUCCGGAUAUCAUACAAUUCAUCUCAAAAUUCCUGGAAUACGGCUUCGAAGAACGAAUGACGGCAAAUCAAGCAUUGCAAGAUUCGAUUUUUGAUUCCAGUGAUUUCUUGAAAACUCGAGUUGAGUUGUAA